UUGAGACCAACACGCAGAGGCAGACGGCUGUGGAUCUCUACAAAAGUCUGCAGCUUCUGCUCCAAGACUGGCCUCAGCUGUUGCGGGACUUUGCUGCCUUCCUGUUACCAGAGCAGGCUCUUGCCUGUGGCUUAAGGUCCCGCGGCAGUGAGACCCAAGGAAAGGAUGCCUUCUGCAACAGUUUGCCAGUAAGUGACGUGUUUCCGCCGUGGCGUCAUUCAGCCCUUAAGUAGGAUGGCGCUUUGAGCUGGCGCCUGCGUGUGGACAGCCGGUCGCUGCGUUGGGCGAGUCGGGGGCGCGCCCGUCCCCGUCUGCCGUUGGCUGGCUUCCGGCGAUGCGGAGAGCGGGUUUCCGCGGGACCAGGAGGGAGCUGAAGUGGGGCUUUGAACAUGUUGCCCUGUAAGAAGAGAAGAACGAUGAUGACAGAGUCCCCACAGCACCAGGGUGGCCAGAAGGAAGAUGCCAUAGAGAUGGACCCUGCCGUUGAGCUACAACCUUCCCCAGUGACAGACUUGCAGUCUGUGUCGCUGUCCUGGGGUGCAGGACAUGACAGAGCAGCUGGCCUGGAAGCGACAUGCGUGCAAAUUGCAGCAGCUCAGGCCGGAGGGGAGCAGCCGUCUGGGAGCUGCCGGACGCUCAGCCAGGACGCUGCCUUUGCGGGUCUGGAAGGUGUUGGUGUGGACCUGUCUCCGGGAGCCGCCCUUCAUUCCUUGGAGUCUUCCCCUGUCCUGAAUGCACCCCUGGGCAAAGGGAAGUUCCAGAGCCCUGACUCAAGAGGAGGGAAGAAAACAGCCCUGAGUUCUGGGCCAGCUCCCCAGGAAGACCGAGGUGACCAUCUUGGGCAGGAGGAGUCUUGUUCUGGAGAGUCUAAUGAAGAAGGCCAGGAAGCAGGAGGAAAACCUCAAAUGCUUUCUGGAGAGGUGCUGCCUUCCCUGCUCUCAGGCAUCCAGGCUGUGAAGCCUGUUGUCCAGCCCAGGAAAUCCUCCCCGCCAGAUGUCUGCACCUCUCCUCAAGAAAAGCCCAUCAGGACUGUGGCUCCCCAAGCCGAGGAGGAGACCGAGGAUGGUGGACUCUUUAUUCCGAUGGAACAAGACAAUGGAGAAAUUGAGAAAAAGAGAAAAAAGAAGAAAGGUACCAAGAGGAAACGAGAUGGAAAGGAUCAAGAAGAAGGGACCUCAACUUAUGACCUGAAACUGGAUGACAUGCUUGACCGUACGUUGGAGGAUGGUGCCAAGCAGCACAACUUAACUGCAGUCAACGUACGGAACAUCCUCCAUGAAGUAAUCACAAAUGAACAUGUGGUAGCUAUGAUGAAAGCAGCCAUCAGUGAGACGGAAGACAUGCCGAUGUUUGAACCUAAGAUGACACGCUCUAAAUUGAAGGAAGUGGUGGAGAAAGGAGUGGUUAUUCCAACUUGGAAUAUUUCACCAAUUAAAAAGGCCAAUGAAAUUAAGCCUCCUCAGUUUGUGGAUAUUCAGCUUGAAGAAGAUGAUUCCUCAGAUGAAGAAUACCAGCCAGAUGACGAAGAGGAAGAUGAGACUGCCGAAGAGAGCUUAUUGGAAAGCGAUGUUGAAAGCACUGCUUCGUCUCCGCGAGGUGCAAAGAAAACCAGAUUGAGGCAGGCUCCAGAGAUGGCUGAGACGGAUGAGGAGAGUGGCCCGUUAUCAGAGCAGGCUGAGAAAGUUACCACACCUGCUAUUAGGCACAUCAGUGCUGAAGUGGUACCCAUGGGGCCCCCGCCCCCACCCAAGCCAAAACAGACUAAGGAUAGUGCUUUCAUGGAAAAGCUGCAUGCAGUAGAUGAAGAACUGGCUUCCAGUCCAGUCUGCAUGGAUUCUUUCCAGUCCAUGGAUGACAGUCUGAUAGCAUUCCGCACCCGUUCUAAGAUGCCCCUGAAAGAUGUCCCCCUGGGUCAGCUAGAGGCGGAGCUCCGUGCCCCUGACAUUACUCCAGAUAUGUAUGACCCCAAUACGGCUGAUGAUGAAGACUGGAAGGUGUGGCUAGGGGGACUCAUGAACGAUGACGUGGGGAAUGAAGAUGAGGCCGAUGAUGAUGAUGACCCAGAGUACAAUUUCCUGGAAGAUCUUGAUGAACCUGACACCGAGGAUUUCCGCACUGACCGGGCCGUGAGAAUCACCAAAAAGGAAGUGGAGGAGCUGUUUGAAACAUUCCAAGAUGAGAUGGGCUUCUCCAACAUGGAAGACGAUGGCCCGGAGGAAGAGGAGCACGUGGCCGAGCCGCGGCCCAAUUUCAACACGCCUCAAGCCCUACGGUUUGAGGAACCUCUGGCCAACUUGUUGAACGAGCAACAUCGAACAGUGAAGGAGCUCCUUGAACAGCUGAAGAUGAAGAAAUCCUCAGCUAAGCAGCCACAGGAGGUAGAGAGGGCUAAGCCUCGGCCCGAGAAGGUUCCUCAGACCCUGAUUCUAGACGCAGCCCAGAGGAAGAGACUGCAGCAUCAGAUGCAGCAGCAUGUUCAGCUCUUGACGCAAAUCCACCUUCUUGCCACCUCCAACGUCAGUCUCAGCUCGGAAGCUAAUACCACCAAGAUAUUUCUUAAAGAGCUGGGAGUCUUUGCCCAGAGUUCCAUCGCCCUUCACCAGCCGCUGAACCCCACGUUUCACACGUUGUUCCAACCGUGUAACUUGAUGGGAGCUAUGCAGCUCAUUGAUGACUUCAGCACACAUGUCAGCAUCGACUGCAGUCCUCGCAAAAUUGUCAAGAAGCCUGCCUCUGAAUUUCCCUGUUUGCCUAAGCAAGUGGCUUGGAUCCUGGCCACCAGCAAGGUUUUCAUGUAUCCGGAGCUCCUGCCAGUGUGUUCCCUGAAGGCAAAGAAUCCCACGCAUAAGGUGACCUUCACCAAGGCCGAGGACAAUCUGCUAGCUUUAGGACUCAAGCAUUUCGAGGGGACUGAGUUUCCUAAGCCGCUGAUCAGCAAGUACCUCCUGCCCUGCAAGAGUGCCCACCAGCUGACCGUGAGGAUCAAGAAUCUCAGCAUGAACCGAGCCCCUGACAACAUCAUUAAAUUUUAUAAGAAGACAAAGCAGCUGCCUGUGUUACUGAAAUGCUGUGAAGAGAUCCAGCCGCAUCAGUGGAAACCACCUGUAGAGCGUGAAGAACACCGGCUCCCCUUCUGGCUAAAGGCCAGUCUGCCUUCCAUCCAGGAGGAACUGCGCCGCAUGGCUGGUGGUGCGAGAGAGGAAGCACAUGUGACCGGAACCCCUGAGAUCAGUGCAGAGCAAGGAGUGGACAAAGGUGGAGCAGAGAUGGGCAGAGAAACCCAAUACCCAUUGCUGUUGCCCAAAGGUGUAGUUCUGAACCUGAAGCCAGUUGCCAACAAGUUUUCCAGGAAGGCUUGGAGACAGAAGCGAUCGUCAGUGCUGAAGCCCCUGUUGAUCCGGCCUAGCCCAUCUCUUCAGCCCAGCUUGAACCUCGGGAAAACUCCAGCUCGGUCAACUCAGUCAGAAGCUCCUCCCAGCAAAAUGUUCAGGAUUCCUCAGCUGAUCCAGCCGGCCAUUGGCACUCCAUCAAUUCCAGGUGUGCCUCUUGGGGUCAGUGCCCUGGAUAGUUUUGAAUCCCCGGUAGUGUUUCCUCCUGUGUCCCCUGCAGUCAGGCCCAGCUUCCCCUUAUCUGAUUCCCAGACCCUGAUCUCACCAGCCCCUGCACCCAAGAUAAUGCUACCCUCACUUGGCCCAUCCAAGUUUCGCAAGCCAUGUGUUAGACGGAGACCCUCAAGAAGAAAGGGGUCCAAGGCUUCCCCCUGCCUGAAGACCGCCCCCCUCAUCCCGUCUGCACCUGUCAUCUUCACUGUUCCUGCCACCACUGUGAAGGUUGUGAGCCUCGGCAGUGGCUGCAACGUGAUCCAGCCUGUCAAUGCUGCUGUGGCCCAGAGCCCUCAGACCAUUCCCAUCACCACCCUCUUGGUGAACCCCACGCCUUUCUCUUGUCCGCUGAACCAGCCCCUUGUGGCUUCCUCCAUCCCGCCGUUAAUAGUUUCUGGCAACUCUGUGAAUCUUCCUGUACCCUCCGCCCCUGAGGUUGAGACCCCAGGGAGUGUGGACAUUGCCUGUCCCUUGGUUGAAGGGCAGAGUGCCUUUCAAAGCCCAGUGCCCAAGCUUGAGCAGCAGGACCAAUCUCCUGUGUGUGCCUCUGUCUUCCCAAAAGAGGAGCACAGUCCAGGCCCUCCAGUAGCAAAUAGAGAAAGCCAGGAAGGUUUGUCAGAGAACUGUGCCUAUUGGACUAUUGUGAAAACAGAGGAGGGGACGCAAAUGCUGGAGCCUCCUCCUCCUCGCAUCCAGGGACAUCUGAGCUGUGGCCCUGGGGCUCUAGAGGAAAUGGUCAAGUUGGAACCUGAGGAUGCUGGGGAGGAAGUCUCCUGUAGAGCUCCUGCACAGGACAUUAGUGAUGGAAUCAAAGAAGAACGCUGCGUGGAAAUGGACACUGGCUCUGCAAGUGAGGAGUUGAGUAGUGGUAGGGCUGUGACCAGGCCAACUGUGUUGCGGAAGGACAAUGAUCAGGGGCCACCAUCUCUAUCCCCUUCCGCCUGUCAUGAGCCUCCUGAGGAAGGGAACUCAGGAGAAGUGAGCAGAGGAUCGCCAAAGAAUGCCUCAUCCUCUAUGGACCCAGACAUACCGCUUAGCAGCACCCCCAAGAAGCCAGAAGAGUCAUCCAGUGUGGAUGGGCAGUUGAUGGCCAUCUCUGCUGUGCCAGAAACUGGGGGAGAGAAGGAUGGGCCUGAGGAAGAGGAAGAAGAGGACUUUGACGACCUCACCCAAGAUGAGGAAGAUGAGAUGUCAUCAGCUUCCGAGGAAUCGGUGCUUUCUGUGCCUGAGCUCCAGGAAACUAUGGAGAAACUGACAUGGCUGGCGUCUGAGAGGCGGCUGAGUCAAGAGGGUGAGUCUGAGGAAGAGAAUUCCCAGGAGGAGAACUCCGAGCCAGAAGAAGAGGAAGAAGAGGAAGCUGAAGGGGUGGAGAGUCUGCCGAAAGAGGAUGAAGUGACCGAGGAGGCGGUUGGACACGCUGCUGAGGAGCCUGCUUCGACCUUCACCUCAGCCGAGACUGCUCGGGAGGUGGAGCCCAGCAGCACGCCCCCAGGUGAGAGCGUCAAAGCCGCUGCCGCCAAGAGCCGGAGCAGUCAUCGAGCUCGCAGCAAGCGGGGGAGUCGUGCUCGCGCCAGCAAGGACACCUCCAAGCUGCUGUUGCUCUAUGAUGAGGACAUUCUCGAGCGGGAUCCACUCAGGGAGCAGAAGGACUUGGCCUUUGCCCAGGCUUAUCUGACCAGGGUUCGAGAAGCUCUACAACACUUUCCUGGGAAAUAUGAGGACUUCCUUCAGGUCAUCUAUGAAUUUGAGACCAACACGCAGAGGCAGACGGCUGUGGAUCUCUACAAAAGUCUGCAGCUUCUGCUCCAAGACUGGCCUCAGCUGUUGCGGGACUUUGCUGCCUUCCUGUUACCAGAGCAGGCUCUUGCCUGUGGCUUAUUUGAGGAGCAGCAGGCCUUCGAGAAGAGCCGCAAGUUCCUGCGGCAGCUGGAGAUCUGCUUUGCGGAGAACCCCUCCCACCACCAGAAGAUCAUCAAGGUGCUGCAGGGCUGUGCAGACUGCCUGCCCCAGGAGAUCGCCGAGCUCAAGACGCAGAUGUGGCAGCUGCUCAAGGGCCAUGACCACCUGCAGGAUGAAUUUUCCAUCUUCUUCGACCAUCUGCGCCCUGCUGCUAGCCGGAUGGGUGACUUUGAAGAGAUCAACUGGACAGAGGAGAAAGAGUAUGAGUUUGAUGGUUUUGAAGAAGUGGCACUGCCUGAUGUGGAAGAGGAAGAAGAACCUUCUAAGAUACCCACAGCCUCUAAGAGCAAAAGAAGAAAAGAGAUGGGGGCCCAAAACCAUGAUAAGGAGACAGAGUGGCCAGAUGGCGCCAAGGACUGCACCUGUUCCUGCCAUGAGGGAGGUCCUGAUUCCAAGCUGAAGAAGAGCAAAAGGAGAAAUUGUUGCCAUUGUAGCAGCAAGGUCUGUGAUAGCAAAUCCUGCAAGAGCAAGGAGCCUCAGGAGUUGGUUGGCAGCAGCCCUCAGCGAGCAGCCAGUCCUGGGCCUGGUGCUAAGGAAGCUGGGCGGGGCAAGGACGUGAUGGAUGAGGAAGCCUCAGAGGAGCAUGCAAGCCCAGAGGCCAACCAGAGCCGGCCUGGCAGGCCCACCAGGAAGGCGGAGGUGCCUGUUCCCUGCCUGGCGGCAGGGAGCACCUUGGCAUACCCCUGUGAGGCAACCGUCCCAGAACGUCUUCUGGAUGUCCCUCGACCUGGCUCCCCUGAGAUUCCACAGAUCCCUCCCAAAACUGGAACUGGACUGGUCACCAUUGGGAGCAACCAUGCUGGGCCUGAGGGACUCCCCUGCCCCAGUGCACCCUCCAGACCUCAGAAGGACAAGCACCAGGAAGUGGAAGGGGCAGAGGCUUCCACACCGCUUUGGGAUACAUCCAAAACUGAGAAAUCAUCAGGUACUGGUGAACCAGCUGCUUCCUUCCCGAGUCCUGUCUCUUCGAGGACCAGAGACGUAAGGAGAAGACAGGUGUCUGCGAAAGUAGAGGCUCCAGAGAGCCAGCCGCACUCGAGCGGUGGCAGCACGGAGGCGGCAGACAGGACUCCCCCAGCCCCUGCAUCCUCAUCAGGCAUGGACACCACAGAAACAUCUCCCAAAACCUCUAAAGGGGCUUUGCUUAAAGACGCUGGGUUACCGGGCAGGGGCCCAGAAGGGGAGCACCCGCUAAAGGCCACAGAAGCUACUGUGUGUGCCAACAACAGCAAGGUCAGCUCCACGGGUGAGAAGGUGGUCCUGUGGACGAGGGAAGCCGACCGCGUGAUUCUCACCAUGUGCCAGGAGCAAGGGGCGCAGCCACAGACCUUUAGCAUCAUCUCACAGCAGCUGGGCAAUAAGACCCCUGCUGAGGUGUCCCAUCGCUUUCGUGAACUCAUGCAGCUGUUCCACACGGCCUGUGAGGGCAGCUCGGAGGACGAGGAUGACGCGACCAGCACCAGCAAUGCGGACCAGCUCUCUGACCAUGGGGACCUUCUGUCCGAGGAGGAGCUGGAUGAGUGAAGCCUGGUGCAUAGGGGUUCAUCUGCGCAGGACCACAUCCCCCUGAUGUCAGGGGAAAAGGGCAGCCCCCUCAUGGAUCCGGUCACUGAGUUCAGCACAAGGGGUGGCUGAGCAGGGGCUCAGGGCUGAAGGAGGCUGGAGGCCUCAGGUGGGCUUGGGAUCUGUCCUCUGCUGCACUAUUCAGGGCCUUUCAAGUACCUUGCACACCUACUUUGUGAGUAGCUCUGAGGGAGUGGGGCUCAGUGCUUUCUCUGUUCCUUUUUUUUUUGGUCUCAUGUCACAUAUUAAUUGCCCUAAGUAUAAUGAAGGCAUAUGAUGGUGUAUCCACUCCCAAGAAGUUGAGCUGCACUGCCUCAAGACACUGGGCUUGGCAUCUGGCAGUUUUUAUUGUAAACUAGCUCUCCCCGACCAUUCCCUGGGAUGCCUAGUCUGUGAGGCCAUCCCCCUCCUGGUAGCACUGAGCCAGGCUAUGCAGAUCCUGCCGCAGCUCCUCCACGUCAUCCAGCUCCACUCCCGCGUCCAUGAAGCUGACCCAGCGCCGCAGGUCGAGUGCUGUGAGCUCCCUGGCCAGGCCUCCCAGAGUCCGGUGCAAGGUCGAAGUGGAGCACAGGGCCCCCAGCACAGGGAUGCUGCUCCGUGCUGUGGAGGGAGGGCAAAAGGAGAGCUAAGAAGGAACUGUGCUUGGUAUCAGGCCUGGGCUGCCAGGUGCUGCCAGGGCAAUCCUGGCCCUGGGUGGACCCGACCAAAGUAAACUCAGUCACUGUGUGUACUACUGUCCCCUUAGUGUGCCAGCCUCUGGAGUGAGGCUGCCUGGCAGGAGCUGGAGUGGGGGCUUGUGCACUUGUCAGUGCUCUGCCCAGGCCAGCAGACAGUAAAACCCUUCUUGUGCUUGCA